AUGCAGCAUUUGAAAGAAGGUACGUAUGAGGGUCAGAUUUGUUGCCGGUUUUAAUAAAAGUCCUCAGAAACAGCGUUAGGCCUUUACUUUACUAUUAUGUGUCCACUAAGAGCGUCUGUCUUACACGGACUGAUGUUCCGCUCACAGACAUUUUUUUGUGAUCAAAGCUGACGUAUAUGUGGAAAACGUCUGUGACAUUACAUAAACCAGAUAAUAACUAGAUGCUCUAAGUCCCGAUAGAACGGAACCGAAGACGGACGGUUGAUUAAACGAGGCCCAAAGAAAGAGCAGUCAAAAUUCGCAAAUGAAUUACAUGGUCUAACGGUUAAACAAUCUGUUUAGUGACUGCGCACUCAAAACAAACGUCAAAAUUUAUAUAUGAGCUUUCAUUUGCACCCCUUAUUAGACCCUAUCCAGUUGAAAUACUUGACCUUUUUCGCAUUGGACCUCGGAAAAGGCAACGUCUCGACUAAACUUGGCAGCGUUCUACAGAUUGUUUCAUGAUUUUUUAAAUAAAAUCAUCUCCCUACAAUAACUGUGGAGAAAGGUAUGUCAUUCGGAAUCUGUUAGACCGUUGGGAUAUGUAACGAUUUGACCGGCGCAUCCGACGACGUUUACCUUGUGCUUCACAGCAAGGUGAAGCAGGCAGGGUGACUUGCGCGUAACUUAGUUCCUAGUGGAAGUAGACUUGCGUAGCAUCUGUCACACAUUCCUCCUCCCCGCCUGGACCCGCUGUUAAGACAGCGUCAAAAAGACCGGAGGCGGGGAGGGCGAAGGUGUCUGGCCCGAUCGAGCCCGUACCUAGGCGUGCCGCCAAACCCCGUGGUCCACAACAAACCGGGAUUUGAACAAAUAACGUCAUCAUCAUCAUCAUCAUCAUCAUCAUCAUCAUCAUCAUCAUCAUCAUCAUCAUCAUCAUCAUCAUCAUCAUCAUCAUCAUCAACAGCACCAGAAAGGCGAGAAUGACCGGGCAGCCAUGCGCACGACCUGUAUAUCCAGCGGGAGCGCAAGCACAUUUAUCGCCAGAUAACCAGGAAAUGACAGCACACACCAGACUGCGAGGACAAUGAUUUGCUGAUCGUGGCAUAGCACUCGCUCAGUUAGGAGACUUAAUCGUAUCAAUAGUAUUAAGGAAUUAAUGUUUUCCAUCAAACCCAGAAGGGAAUCUUGAUCAGUCGGGUAGCCGGUGCUACACAUGGCAUAUCCAAUCGAUAAAUCACAGUUGGCCGUCUUCUCGAUACUUAAAUGCAAUCCACACGGAGUAUCCUAGGUGCCCGGAACUAUUUCCUCCGCAUUCAUCGCUCGUCCUUUUCAGGUGAUCCCGAACCCUCCGUGGACCCGGAGAAGUUCACGCUAUAUGACAUGCAUUUCUGCCCCUACUGCCAGCGUGUACGAUACACCCUGGACUACCAUGAAAUACCGUAAGAAAGUCUGCUCCUUCCCUUAUGACAUUUCACUGUCCAAAUUGUUUAAUUUUUUGCCUGUGUUUAUAGUCAUAAUGAGAGAAUGAUGGUUAUCGGCUGUUCGGAAUCAAAAACGGCAUAGAUCCGUCUGUGCAGCUUAGUUACAGUGCGUGACCGAUCUCAUGAGGUGUUGGCUGAAAUUCUGAAGUGUGUUUUUGAUUAGGAAGGAUUACUUGAGUGUGGUUGUAAUACUGAUUAUCAUGCGGCAUAAUCGUAUAAUAUUUUGCACUCAACAAAAUGUUGGCUUUUGAAUGCACUUCUUUUCGAUCUACUGUGGAAGCUGCGCUGAGUAAAAAAUGACAACUUCAGUAGCAUGCACUUUCACACUGAUUUCAAAUUGUCUUAUAAACUUUUAUUAUAUAUUUUAUAAAACAACAUAUAUAAAAUGUGCCUUCAUUUACUUGUUUGAUAUAGAAUCACGUCACCUUCACAUCUGAUACCCGAAGGAGGAAUGUAAUUAGGUUUUUGAAAGAUCUUCUAAUCCCAAAAUAAUUUUGAGCCUGAUCAACCGCUGUAUUAGCGUUUGCUUAUUUCAGUCUACAAGGUGCAUGCUUCCCACUUCAAUAAACUUAUAGCUCAUCUAUGCCUUUAAGAAUAUGCCAUAUAGAUUUCAUGAAAUUUUGCAACGGAUGCGGACUAUGUUGUAUAUUUCAUGAGGAGCAUUGGUAAAGAGACAGGUACGAUGUUGCAUGAAUGGACAUUCCAUGAUCUUAAGAAUCUUAUAUUUAAAAACCUUUUAAAAACCUAAUUAUACUUCUUCUUCGAGAACAAAUAUGAAUAUGGGGUAAUUCUCUAACCAACGAGUAAACCAACGUACAUGUAGUGCAUGUUUUCUAUAAAAUGUGUUGGAAUUUAUAAGAUCAUCGAAAAUCAAUGUGAAAAACGCAUGCAACUUAAGUAGUCAUCUUUACAGAGUACGGAUUCCGCAGAAAACUAGACAGAAGUGCAUUCAAAAUGCGACAUCCUGUCGAGUCCGGAACAUUAUAGGAUUGUGCCGCAUGAUAAUCAGCAUGACAACUACACCUAAGUAAUCCUUCCUAAUCGGAAACGCAUUUCAUAAUUUCGGCCAACAUUUCAUGAGAUCGGUCACUCACUGUACUUGCGUGAAACUUCAGUUAGAAAGUCCUCUGAGCUCCCAACCCCUGGGUUCUUUCUGGCAUGUCCAGUGAGAUACUUGUGGUUAGUAGCCGUCUGGAGAAAACAGUAAAAAAACAGUGGAGCGUCUGCGCAUUCAUUGGAUUACGCAAGACGGCUCACAAAGGCCCAAUAUGAUGAAUGCAAGAAACGAAUUCCCCUUAGUGAUCUAAAAGGCGAGCGCUGAGUGAGGGGAUCCGAACUGCCUUCUAUUAUGUAGACAGGUCUGUAGAUUUUUAUGAGACGCAAAAGCUGCCUGAUUUUCCAGCCAGACAGCAUCACCCCUGUCCUUCUACAUGUUUCCGAAUUUACAGCCGCACGAACUUAUGGAAAUAUUAACCUGCUUUAAAAAAUUUGAACAAAUAUCCAACAGGACUAAAGGUCAGCUCGUAUUACCUCCCCCGUCCAAUAAAUGCUAGAAGCGUCCUGAAGCAUCAAAGGUAUCCAGGUGCCACUCAGUCGCAGCCUCACUGCAAAACAAAAUGAGAAAAAGCGAUCCUUUUGUGGAUAUUCUCUUCUGUACUAAAAUCACAAGGUUGACGUAAUUGUUGUAAGAGUCGUUUAUCCACUAAUCAACCGUUUCUGCAAACACGGUAGUCGCAGAAUUGAGUUAACUAACAGAAGACGUCAUUCACACCUUUUUUGCUAGUUAUCGUAUGCUUUUCAUUCAUAGCCGACAUAUUCGUCCUUCUCAGCUACAUCGUUCUUAAGACUUCUUCCUGGAAUUCCUAGAGAAUUAUUGACAGUAUAUCUUUAAUAAUCAUAAUUUGUUCUCUCCCUCAAGUUCUUCCCACCCUCUGUACGUCGGCUCUUGUUGCGCGAAUGUUAGUUUCUUCAGAAUCCCACUGUCGAAUAUAAAUAUUAGUUAUCUUGCUUAGUACAAACUGGCCGUCUCGCCAUUACCAGUGACGCUUUUUCCUUCCAGCUAUGAUCGCGUGUUAAUCGACCUUAUUUCAAAGCCCAGCUGGUAUCUAAAAAUGUAUCCGGCUGGGAAGGUCCCCCUGCUGCUGUAUCGGGGCGAGGAAAUGACUGAGUCAGAGGUCAUCAUGCAGUAUGUCGAUCAGAUGAAGGGCCCCAAAAAUUCACUUCUGAGCGUCUGUGGCGAAGAAGACUUUAAGAAGGCCCUGGAUUCCUCGGCGUUUGUAAGUCUAGUGAAUCUUGCACUGCAAAACUCAUUCAACAUAUUUUGGUUAGUAUAAAUUAGGUCUUCUUUGACGCACGCCGUUCAAAAGCACACAUCAGCCUAUUCCUUCGUAGUCAGCGCUGUAAGUUUACUUAGGGAAUGAGGCUUUUGCUCUUGAGUAUCCAUUAGAAUUAGUGUACGUUCGCAUCGAAAAUCAUCAUCAUCCUUUGCCUAUUAUCCUUACCAAAUAAACUGAAAUAAACUGAAAUCAUCAUCAUCAUCAUCAUUGUGAGUAGCGUUAUCAAUCCCACCAUCAUCAACAUCAACAACAAUAGCGUCCUCAUCACCAACAAAAAUAGCAAUUACACUAAUAGUGGCAAACUUGCAUUCACCAAUGAAUCUAAAAAAGUAAAAUGUCAAACUAUGGAAUGCGGGCUGCUUUUCUCAUGUAGCUCAUUACCACCAGUGGCCCAUUUUACGGUGUUUCUACUAACGAAUCGGCUGGAUCGCAGUUGGUAGCCAGGCCCCGUAUUACAGGUGACUGGGAGGUUUGUUUACUGGGGCUAUUUUGCGGGGCCCCAUAAUCAUAUCUGACCCAUAUGGCUUCCGUUUUAGGUUUGAGGUUAGGAUUACGGUACAGGUUAAUAGUUUCCGAUUUUUGGGUUAGGGUUAUGCCUCUGGCUUAGUUUUUCGGGUUACGGUUAGGGUUUGAGCGUACGAAUAGGUUUCAGUAUUACAGGUAGGUUUUUCAGUUACGGCUAUAUCUAACGGCUACGGUUACGUUUACGAUUUCGGUUGGGGUUAGGGUUGCCGUUAGGGUUAACGGUUAACCUUUAAGGUUGAGGUUAGGGUUGGAGUUAAGGUUAGGAUUAGGGUUAAGGUCGCCGUCCGCCGUCGCUUCCCCAUUCCUGGCUACCAACUGCGAUCUAGCCAACGAAUCUAGUAAAAAAUUCACUGCAGUAUUAGUUGAGCCGAUGUCAUCGGACGAAGCUUGGGGCGUGGAGAGAUGCAUCAUGUAUUGCCUUCCUGCUUUGGUUUGAUCAUCAGGAGCCUUUUCCAGGAAGGAUUAAAUUCAAGCUUUAAACUGCCAGGCGUUCUUUGGAUACUUUAGAAGUGCGAGCCGCACGGUGGUGCCCAUCUAGAACUUAACUCCAUUUUAGGUCUCCUCCAUGGAAUCUUAGUGACGAAGCUCCAACCGAAACCUGAAUGUUGCACAGGGAGGAGAUCCCGGAGGAUUAAAAUAUUAGCAUGUCAUAAAGUGUCACAGCACCUUUUUGCACUGUUAGGAGAAUUGUUGAGGUAGUUACCCCCUUAUUUGGCUUCCUGGCUAACGCAUAACCAGUCACCAUUGCAGUCGCUUAUUCACGUCUUCAUGCCCCUUAACAUGCCUGACCCUUUUGCUCUCUGUGUCCGAAAUUUAGAUUGCCCUUCCACGGCACAGAAUGUGCUUCUCACCGGAGGCAACCCAAGCCGAUGCUGACGCCCUCAAAAACGGUCUAACGGAUAUUGACAAAGCCAUUAAAGGUCCCUACCUCAUGGGUAUGUCAGUUUACCCCUUCACAGUAAAUGCGCUGGGCUAAAACCAGGCCAAAAUAAGUACGGGACACGUGAGUUUGGCAAUGUAGAGUCCUCACAUGCCCCCAACUGUUGUCCCACAAGAUGGAGGGAGGAGGGGGGUGGUUGCACACCUAUGCGAAUACAUGCGGCACGCCAGCUAAGCUGCCCAAUCCAAACGUCCUAUGGCUGACGGAUUCUAUCUGCCGAGGGGGGGCCAGAGAGUGAGUUCGGCCCUGGCGGAUCCAUCCGCAGGACACAUCGGCGGGUCCUUCAUUAGUGACGCGUUAACAGUUGUGGUUUGGAAGACUGACAGUUAGACACAGCGAAGAGGGGAGUUGUAGGAAGCAGGAGACACGAUUGCUGUAAUUGCGCACAGACGGUAGGCAACCAUCAGGCCCCAGAUCAUGAGACCGAAAGACCCACUGCCACAGCAAGGGACAAUUGGGGGGCGUUUGCUGGAUCUGGUGCAGCCGCGGACAAAGCAACUGCGUCGGGGCAGCGGGUAACUGCACCGAACGCGAACAGGCGAACACGCGGUGCGAUCUAAUUGCGGUUCAUUUGACAAAAUCCGGUCAACAUUUAGAUUCGACGAGGCUGAAAUUCUUGCGAAUGCUUGAGUCAUGCUGCACUGGUCCCCAGUCUAGCCUAGGCGGAGUAAUAAGCCAUGUGGAGAGCGCGCGGCUGAACACUAUUCGCAACGCCAGGGUGGACGAGUCGGGCGGUCGAGCAAUCAUCACACCGACACCCAACACAGGUGAUGCAAGUGGACCGUUUAAGGACUCUAAUGUCGGUUAUCGAACAUGCAUAACAUCAAGUGCAACAAUACCUGAUCAAGGGGAAGCCGUGAAUUGUCAUAGGUAUGCGGUAGCAUGACAGCUUCAUCCUAUAAAUACUGCGGUCCUUUGUGCAUGAACUAUCCGUAUCUGAUGUUGUCACUGUUUAUGGGUUCGAAAAGAAAUCAGAUUCGUCAGAGGAAUAAAGUUCUUGUUCCAGCGAUUGUGUCUCCUUCUUCAAGGGCUUUGUCUGCAUGUGACCUCUAUGACACUGUCGCACACGUGAGAUCCCGACCGCCCCUCUUCUACUUAUAACAUAUUUUACGAGGACCAGGUCGUCUGUGUGUAGCAUGCUUACACGUGUUGAUUUAGCCUUGCCAGUCACUGGGCCUAAGUCCCUCCUCCGGUCGUCAGAGCCGGGCUGCUGAAGGAAGAGGUGCGAUCGUUGUCAACUUGAGAACUCCUAACACGGAACACAGGGAAGAUGGUUAGCUAGACAACAAGCCUUUACUGAGGCAGCUGGCAUACAGGCAGCACCACAAGUAGGUGUAGUGUCAGUGUAAGCCUAAGGACAUACGGCGACCAAUCGGUGAAGAGGAAGACAUCGAUUGGCCUUUUCGGGCCGGAGGUCAAGUCACACGCGUAAGCGCACCAGAGAUGACAUGGGCGAGCGGUGGCGUUGACGGCUGUGAUAGCGGUCAGCCGUAAACGCAUAAGUCGCCGGCCUGCGUCCACCACACGUGCUGAAAACACGGUGGACGGUGUAGCGUGCCACGGUCGAACAGUCGUUGAACAGCCACAACGUUGGACGACAUAUCUUUCAACUAUAAUAAGCUUUUACAUGUCCCUCUGAAAAUUGCGUCACGCUACUCAAGAGGAAGUAAAUAGUGAAUGCUCAUAGAGUUCAGCAUUUCAGCCUGCCAUCUUGAAGUGUCCUUCACGGAUUUCAAGCAGGGCUAUCUCCUGUUCUGUUGUCUGUAAUAAUAUCAGAGGAGAUAACUUUACUUUAAGAAUGCAUUGUGGGCCCUAUAAGUGAGCAAAGGUAAUUAGUAACGCCCCUUGUUUUGUGAAUUUUUCGUAAAAGGGAGAUUUAAAGAUCGCUACCUUAUCUUGUAGAUUGGUCAAACUUUUUUUAUUAGCAAAACUGUAAACCAGCCGACUUUACAGCAUUUUUGUUUUAAAGGUGAGAAAUUGAGUUUGGCAGACCUGGCUCUCUUCCCCUUCCUCCAUGGCUGGGACUUCAUGAUGAGUCGACUACUGGAGAUAGACGAGAACUCUGGUGACACUGUCGAGACCGUCGCCUCUCAGUGGCCUAACGUGAUGGCGUACCGUCAACUCAUGAACCAGAAACCCUUCAUCAUGAAGACGGCUUUCCAAGAGGAUGAGUUCGUUAAGUUUGUGGAUGGUCUCCUGGUGAAAAAGCCGACGGCGGAAUAACAGACGUCCGCUCAUUCCCAGCACUCCCAAGAACACAUAUUCUAUCUCUAUCUCUAUCUCUCUCUGUCUCGUUACCUUAUUUAUCUAAUUCGAUGCAUUCGUGACAUCUGGACUUUCCAAAUAAUAGUCUGCUUUCUGUCGUACAGCGAUCACCCUUUGUUUUGAUUUGUUUUUCGACCUGCAUGGUAUGCUGCUGUGCACGCACAAGGUUCAGUUAGAGACUGAUCUAGUGUCUGAAUUCGGUGUCAACCUCUUUGGACCACGUUUGGUCUAGUCUUGUUGUUGUUGGCUUGAAUUCAGUUAAAUAUCUUCCCCAUGUUCUAGCGUUAGCUAGGACUGAAUUGCUCAUCCAUUUGUUUACGUUUAGCAAAACACAGACGGGUUAAUUGACUGUCUAAGUUGCGGCCAGAUGUGAUCUUUAACGGUAGCGCGAAGGAACAAUCUGAAUUUUUAGUUUAGUCUUUAAGAAACUAGUAAAGUAGAACAUUAAUGAAAGUCAUUAUUACUGUGACGAGUGCCAGAAGGCGCAUAUCAUCUGCAGAUGACUUCAUUGGUCGUAUUGUAGAUAAAUGCUAACAUGCAACCUUGCUGCCGGAGAGAAUAAAUGGUAGCCUUCAAAUGCAAUGUCCGAGUGAACUGCAGCAGUAUCAAGGAUAAGUAUGUAAUUGAGGAAUGUUAUUUUUCCAAGUCUGCUCUGAGCUAUUUCCCAAUCUGUAACGCAGUCAACAAUAUUUCUGAUUUGAAAGAUGCAGUUUUGAUUUUGAUUUAAUAUCCAAAGAUAGUUAGCCUCGGCAGUUCAAAAAGGGUUCACAUCAUUCAUCGGCCAUGAACAACGUUCGCUUGUGUAAUUGCACAACAACUUGUUUUGGCCUUUAAUGUUAACGACUUCUGGCAUUUAGAUGUAGGGGGCCUCGAGGCUUUUCACGGUAAAAUGUUUGCACUUAUUUGAGAGUAAACCUAAGAAAGCACCGACUCCGUUCCCAAGUCCUGUGGAUGCUCAAUCUUGAAACGAAGGACAGUCAUCGUGAACGCUGACUAACAAAGAAGCAGAAGCAUGAGCAUAAAGCCUGACACGACCGCCUAGGUGGACGAAGCCCCAAUGUGGAGCAGACGGGUGCGCAAUUCAGCCUGCUCGAGUAAAGACUAAACAAAUAUCAACAUAUCUCCGUCUGGAUAUCAGAGACCGCAGAGGGUAACUGCUGAUGUGGAUACGACCGACUGAUGCAACUGGCUUGAGGAGGCGUCCACGGUUUAUAAUGAUCGUCAGUAAUGUUUCUCUCACGAGGAUAAAUUCAAUGGAAUCCCAUAUUCAACCGAUACUAGCUCGGAACUCUGAUAAAAAGCGUGAAGGUAGUGUUCUAACGAAUUGUCCGAACCCUCCUAUAUCUGGCGGGUUUGGCUGGUUUCAUCGGUAAUGGAGAACGAUCUCUACCGAAUUCAUUGUUUUUAAUAUAGCUGUUGAAUUGGAACUCAUAUAUCUACCGUCCCAUCUCAAACAACACAUACAUCACCCGAACUGUAAUGCCAAUUUUUAAUUCCUAAAUUCGUCCUGGAAUCAACGUCUUCCAGGUUUAAAUAUACUUCUUACAGAUGAAGUAAAUCUUUGCACUUUGGUUCAUUUUUCUAACUUCUACGGCCCCCUAGUGAAUUCACUGAUCGCACUUCCAUCAGUAAGACAUCGAAAUGAUGUGAAGUAGCACGAAUUUAGGAGCAUUUUGUUUAAAUGAUUAAGAAUCGUCGACUUUUCAGUAAAGUGCAAUACGAUUUCGAACGACGCGUAAUCAUUGCACUUUGGGAAUGAAUUGGUCAAUACCAAAGCACUUUUAUCUGCUCUCCUCCUCCUAGCCACCCCCGCACUCGCCAGAGUGCUACGGUCAGUGCGCUCUCUCUGGCAGCCUGGAAAGUUCGUUUCUUUUCAGACAAUCCCAGGAGCAACCGACCGGAACGGAGGACGGCACUAGUGGCUCGGGAACUGGCGCGCUACAAGGUGGACAUCGCCCUACUCAGCGGGACCCGGUUCUCCGAACAAGGCCAACUGGAGGCCGUGGGUGCCGGCUACACCUUCUUCUGGAGCAGUCGCCCCAGAAAGAGUGGUAGGACGCGCGUGGCGCCUUUGCCAUCCGGAAGGACAUCAUGGGACGACUGCCCUGUCUGCAGCAGAGCAUCAACGAUCGCCUGAUGAGCCUCCGCCUGCCUCUUCGGGAAGGCAAAUUCGCCACCAUCAUCAACGCUUACGCUCCGCCGAUAACCAGCCUUGACGCCGCCAGGGCUAAUUUCUACGAGAACAUACGAACCAUCCUGGCGACUGUGUCGAAGGCGGACAAGUUGAUUGUGCUUGGUGACUUCAACGCCCGCGUCGGCACAAAACAUGCAGCCUGGAAAGGAUUGCUAGGUCGCCUCUCUCUCAACGACUCCAACGACGAUGGUCUUCUCCUAUUAAGAACCUGCUCAGAACACCAACUCAUCCUGAUGAACACACAUUCUUCUGCCUGCCGAUGCAAGAGAAAGCCACCUAGAUGCAUCCUCUGCCGCGUCAGUGGCACCUGCUAGACUAUGUCCUCUUCCGGAGGCAAGAACAGCGCGACGUGCUGGUGAGAAAGGCGAUUCCGGGUGCUGACGGCCGGACCAAACAUCGCAACUUCACCUCGAAGAUGCAGGCUAGCCUAGAGCCUCACAGGAGACCUCAAGUUAAGCGGCCCCUAGGCCCUAGCUGCCUUUGCCUGCACAUCAACCUCACCUCAGCAACGAGCUAGCUCAAUGACUUAGACAACAUUUCAGUUGUUGAUGCCGCCGCCGCCGCCGCCGCCGCCGCCGCCGCCGCCGCCGCCGCCGCCGCUGACAAGAACGCCUCCAUGGAGAACCGAUGGUGUCAACUGCGGGACACAGUCCAGUCGACGGCGCUGGCUGUCCCUGGCCGCACGCGCCAACACCAGGACUAG